AAAGUAAAAAGGAUAACAAGUCUAAAAAAAAGUUUGUAAAAGUUUUCGUGUGCGGAAAGUCAUCGUGAAACCAAAAACCGGUAAAAAGUCUAAAAGGAUAACAAGUCUAGAAAAAGUUUGUAAAAGUUUUCGAGUGCGGAAAGUCAUCGUGAAACCAAAAACCGUGUGUGAGAAUCAAAUAGUCUAACGCGUUGCUUCUUUUUUUAGUUUUCGUAAUAUCCUGGAACUCAAGAACUGUGUGUAAGAAUCAAAAAGGCUAAAACGGUGAUUCAAGAAUUGUAUAAGGAAAAACUUACCUCUCGGUGCUCGGAAAGGACUGAACUUCCCGCUGCUUUCUGUACUCUGAAGAUCGCCGCACUUAGUCAAAGGCGUUUUGUUUAAGGACCACAAAGGCUGAGUGUGUGUGGCAUCGUUCUUAACACCACAAAAGGGACAUAAUGACUAUUAAGCAAGAGGAUACCGGUCGCGAGGCUAACCCUAACGAGGAGGUUGCUCCAUCUCAGAUAAUGGCACAAUGCCCUGCUAAUGACAACGUCGAACAGGUGAGUCGGUGUCCACAAGGUAGGUAUGCGAAACUUGUCUUUUAUUCGCAGAUUGGACAAAACGAUCUUGCUUCAGCGGAUCCUGUUCCCUUGGUGGAUGCUGUUUUGUUUGUGAAUGAUCCAUCAACUGCAGUAAUACCGCCAUCUCAGAUAAUGGCACAAUGCCCUGCUGAUAACAACGUCGAACAGACUUUUACAAAUUCCUUUCAUUCGCAGAUUGGACAAAACGAUCUUGUUUCGGCGGAUCCUGUUCCCUUGAUGGAUGCUGUUUUGAUUGUGAAUGAUCCAUCAACUGCAGGAAUACCGCCAAAGGUAUGGAUCAACGAGAACCCGGAAGAGCUCCUUGAACAAAAUGAGCUUGUUUCGCCUGAUGUAGCUGAGGUAGUCACAGACUCCGUUCCAGAAGUGAAAGCGGCUCUGAGUGUGGAGAAGCCAUCGGCCACAGCCAUAGCACCUAUGGAUCCACAAGAGAUCGCUCGAAUGAUAAUUGCAAUGUUGGAUCCCAAGCCGGAUACCGUUUCGAUUGCAUCCGUUCCAGUAGAGGAAGGGGCUCUGAUCGGGGAUAAGCCAUCGGACAUAGACUUGGCAACUUUGCAACCCUCAGAGAUCGCUCCAAUGAUAGAUGCAUUUUGUGAACAUAAUCGUUCCGCAGUAGAAGAUAUCGUUUCGAUUGAAUCCGAUGAGGCAUCCGAGGAUAAACAUUCCGGCUACAACAGCAGUGAUGAGCAUUGUCAGUCGACAAAUGGCGAGAUCUCGUCUAAUGAAUGGGACCGACGUGCUGAUGAAUUUGAUGAGAUGAUGGCCCAACAUGGACUUAAAGUAUUAAAAAUGUGCUCAGAUGGAGCUUGUCUCUUCAGGGCGGUCUCCGUACAAAUUUACGGAGACGAGAACUUACACUAUAAAGUCCGAAAGCGAACCAUGGAUUACAUACAACAAAAUCGUCAUAAAUUUCAACACUUCAUUACAGAAAAUUUUUAUGAAUACGUAGAGCGUAAACGUGCCGCUGGUACCCAUGGCAAUCACGUCGAAAUCCAAGCCAUACAUGAAAUCUAUAACCGCACUAUUGAGAUCUAUUCCUAUUCAGCAACUCCGAUGUAUGUGUGGAAAGCAGAGGAACCCCGUCCGGAUGUUCCACCGGUGCGCCUGUCGUAUGAGUGUAACUGCCAUUACAAUGCAAUUGUGCCUCGGAAUAAUGACUCAAUGGAUUUCAAUAUGGAUGUGACUGUGAGUGUGCCUGUGGAUGGUACGGAUACGUCUAAAGAACAGUGUGAAAAUGUGACCAUUGAUGUAAGCACAGAAUUGACUAGCGAUCCUCACGGUGUGGAAGCUCGACAGGAGAAAGCAAAUGAUCUUGGCAUCACGUUGGCUGUCGAGCCAAAUUCAAUUGAUCAUUGCAAGGAGCUGACAAACCAGCCCGCUGACUGCGAGCAACAAGAGGAGCAAGCCAAGAGUAAGAAAAGUGUGAAAACUGUGCCAAAAUCCAGCAAAGGUAAACGCGGACGACCACGUCGCACAGUAAGUUUAAACAUAGACCCCCGGAAGAGACAAGCUCCUCAGGAUGACACUUGUCCUCCAACAAAGCGUUGUAAAUAUAGUGACCAAUCAUGCCAAACAAUCAAGAGUUCCUUUAAUCGCAAAAAUAAUAAAUAUAAACGACGGAGAUUAUAUCAAAACUUGCUUAAGUCAUUGUGUUCUAUUGAUGGAUUGGAGCGUAAUAUACGAAUGUGUAUACAGGACUAUCUGGAUCAACAUGAAGAUGAAGAUCAGGAUCAGGAUCCGGAGCCUGAGAAUUCCCAAGAUUUAUAAACGCAAAAAUCCUACAUAAACAGUGGAAUAGAGGGAGAGAGAAGAGAGUCAAAGAGAGAGAGAGAGAUAUACAAUGGUCUUGUGUAUUAGUUCAACUUUAAAUGUUGAGCAUAUAUAUAUACUUAUACUAAGUAUAUGUAUGUCUAUAUAUUUUUUUAACAACAAAAAGUCAUAUAUACAUAGGACACAUUCCAAAUAACUUGGACUACUGGAUCCGCCAUGUUAUUGUUGGCUUUGUCAACCGUUUGAGUUAAUAGUUAAAUAUUAUUGGCCGCAUUUCGUUACUUACCUCAAGCAUCUCUGAUUGAGUUUUAAGUAAUAGAAACAAAAUCGUUAUUGUUAAAUUGUUAUCUCACGCUAAAUCGUUUUGUCAAAAAAAAAAUUGUUAAAUGUCCGUUCGUUCCACCAACAAACACGAAAUAAAACAUAAAAACAACUUGCCUUCCAUGUGAUAUCCUUUGUUCUGUAGUUUCCACUUUUUUGCCUGUGAAAUAAUAAAAUAUUUGAUUUAAAUUCAAUUGACUUGCAUA